AUGACCUUCGAGGUCAACGGCCUCUACAUUCUCCUAUCUGACCGCGGCGACAACAGCUACACAUUCCACUGGCGGUUCUAUCUACACCAGAGUCCAAUAUCAGGCUCUAUUUACCAUCUGCUCAACGAUAUCGAUCCAACCAUCUGGCGCUUCGAACAUUUACCCAACCAAGAUGUUGAUUAUGACCCAUCACUCCUCGGAGCCCUCAAGAUAGGAGAGUUAGAUCCUACCCUCCACGCAGCCUUUCUCGAACGUCUUCAACAAAUCCCAAUCGUCGAUUCAAUCCGAUUCCGCGAGAGGGUCACAUGUAGGGUGUGGCUCAAAGAAGCUCUCUUUGCACUAGAUGACGAAGGGUAUAUUAUACUUACUCGGAAUGUGGAUGAUAUCGAAGCUGAAGCGAGAAACCUCGCACUUCGGAAUAAGAGCCUGGGCAGGCGGACGGUUGCGAAGAGCAGCGGGAGCCAGGGGUAA